AUGGAUGAAUAUUUAAGCGCUGAAGAAGAGGAUUGCUAUUAUUCCUCCGAUCAAGAGACUUUCGACGGGAUUGCUAACGAUGAGGAGCCUGUUUCUUCCUCUUCCAGAAGAUCAACUACUCAGGUCAUCACUCAGGAAUCGCUUCUGGCAGCACAGAGGGAGGAUUUACAAAAGGUGAUGGAGUUGAUGUCGGUUAAGGAGCACCAUGCGAGGACUCUUCUUAUUCAUUACCAGUGGGAUGUGGAUAAGUUGUUUGCUGUGUUUGUCGAGAAAGGAAAAGAUAGCUUGUUUUCUGGAGCUGGUGUUACUGUUUUCGACAAUCAGUAUGACGAUUCCUCCUUCUCUCACGAUUCAGUAAUGAGUUGUGAUGUCUGCAUAGAGGAGGUUCCGGGUGAUCAGAUGACGAGAAUGGAGUGUGGACAUUGCUUUUGCAAUGAUUGUUGGACGGAGCAUUUUACUGUGCAGAUAAAUGAAGGUCAGAGCAAAAGAAUUAGAUGCAUGGCUCAUAAAUGCAUUGCAAUUUGUGAUGAAGAUGUUGUCAGGAAUCUAGUCAGUAAAAGGCGCCCAGAUCUAGCUGAGAAGUUUGAUCGUUUCCUUCUUGAGUCGUACAUCGAAGACAAUAGAAUGGUCAAGUGGUGUCCAAGCACUCCUCAUUGUGGGAACGCAAUACGAGCUGAGCAUGACAAGUUGUGCGAAGUUGAAUGUUUCUGUGGUCUUCAGUUUUGUUUCAGUUGUCUGUCUCAAGCCCACUCCCCUUGCUCUUGCUUGAUGUGGGAGCUCUGGAGAAAAAAGUGUCGAGAUGAGUCUGAGACAGUUAAUUGGAUAACCGUUCACACGAAGCUGUGUCCCAAAUGUUUCAAACCUGUGGAAAAAAAUGGUGGAUGCAAUCUCGUAAGGUGUAUUUGUGGGCAGUGUUUUUGUUGGUUAUGUGGUGGAGCUACGGGAAGUAAUCACACUACUAGGAGUAUCGCGGGACACAGUUGUGGUCGGUAUGACGACAAAAAAAGGCAGAUGGAAAGAGCGAAAAGGGAUUUAAAUAGGUAUACACACUAUCAUCACCGGUACAAAGCUCAUACGGAUUCCUCAAAGCUAGAGGAUAAACUUAGGGGCACUAUCCUUAAGAAAGUGUCAAAGUCAGAAAAGAAGGAGUUGAAGCUCAAAGACUUCAGCUGGGUUACCAAUGGACUCAACCGGUUAUUCAGAUCAAGACGGAUCCUUUCUUAUUCAUAUGCUUUCGCAUAUUACAUGUUUGGUGAAGAGCUGUUCAAAGAUGAGAUGAGCCCGAAGGAGAAAGAGAUAAAGAAGAAUCUGUUUGAGGAUCAGCAGCAGCAACUUGAGGGUAAUGUUGAGAAACUUUCCCAGUUAUUAGAGACGCCUUUUGAUACAUUUAGUGAUGAGAAAGUCAUGGAUGUACGGAUUCAAAUCAUCAAUUUGUCUGUUGCGGUCGAUAACCUCUGCAAGAAAAUGUACGAGUGCAUUGAGAAUGAUUUGCUCGGGUCUCUCCAACGUGGCAUCCACAGCAUCGCACCUUACAAAUCAAAGGGUGUCGAACAAGCAGCUGAGUUUUAUGCUUCCUGGAAUUCCAAAGGAGAAGAUGGUGCUGACAAAUUCCAGCCUUUGGAUUGUGGUACAAGCGGAGGGACAUCGAAGAUCGAGCAAGCUUCAGGAUCAAGAAACUCGGAAGACACGAUUUCCUCUUCUUCAAAUAAACGUCCCAAAAAAGAAGGAGCUUUCACAAACAACAAAGCCACUCUAUUGGAUUUGAAUUUGCCACCUGAUUUCAUCGACCAGAACUGA